GGUGCUGAUCGUCCUCACCUUGAUACUGCGUACUGCUUGGUACUGCUCGUCGAUAUACGGUACACGGCUGACGGCUGACCGGACUGAUACGGCAUUGGGCAUUGGCCAUUGGCCAUUGGAGUGUAAGAGGGACAAAGACUGUGUUGUUGUUAAUCGGCUUCUUCCCCGCUGAGCAUUGCGCUUGAUUGCGCUGCCAAUUCUGCUUGUCAGCCGUUCCGAUCCGAUUCGCAGCUCGCAGGAGAGUCAGACGGUGUCACAACACCCCUAAAAUUUCUUCGAUUUUUAACAGUCGCUGAGCAAAUUUGAGAGACGACAUGCUUCGUCUCUUCGUGGCAAUUGCGGCACUCGCCGUCUUGGGCGACGCAAGCUCUUUCAUAAGAAUCCCAUUACAAAAAACAGAAUCCGUUCGAAAUGCUUUGAGAAAGGUAGGCACGGAGCUCACUCAAGUUCGCUUGGCUACAACUAGGCACCUUCACUCUUCAACGGAACCUUUGUCCAAUUAUUUAGAUGCUCAAUAUUAUGGUGAAAUUACAAUUGGAACCCCACCACAGAAGUUUAAAGUAAUUUUCGACACUGGUUCCUCGAAUCUCUGGGUACCAUCUAAAAAGUGCAGAUAUACCAACAUUGCUUGCUUAUUACAUAAUAAGUAUGAUAGCAGAAAAUCCAUCACAUAUCAAAAGAAUGGUACUCCAUUUGCCAUUCGAUAUGGUACUGGCAGUCUGUCUGGGUUCUUAUCUACUGAUGUAGUUAAUGUCGCUGGCCUCAAUGUUCAAAAUCAAACAUUCGCGGAAGCAGUGAGCGAACCGGGAUUAACCUUCGUCGCUGCGAAAUUCGACGGUAUCUUGGGAAUGGGCUACUCUACGAUAUCCGUUGACGGAGUGACUCCCGUUUUCUAUAACAUGGUCAAACAGAAACUAGUGCCGCAACCUAUUUUUAGUUUCUAUUUAAAUCGAGAUCCGACGGCCGCACAGGGUGGUGAAAUGAUAUUGGGUGGUUCCGAUCCAGAGCAUUAUGUUGGCAGCAUGACGUAUGUUGAUGUUACCAGAAAAGGAUACUGGCAAUUUACUAUGGACAGGAUUACAGUAGGGGAUUCUUCACCUUCCCACAUCUUAUGCAAGAAUACCUGUCAAGCUAUCGCUGACACAGGUACGUCUCUAAUAGCUGGACCAACUGUCGAAAUCAACGAGAUUAACAAACAGAUCGGAGCUACGAUGAUAGGUGGACAGGCAUUAGUGAACUGUGCGAUGGUUCCUCAUUUACCCAAGGUCAAUUUCAUCCUAGGUGGUAAGACUUUUAGCCUCAAAGGCGAAGAUUACGUUCUUGAAAUCACAGAAAUGGGUCAUACGAUAUGUAUGAGCGGCUUCCAAGGUAUGGAUAUGGGUGAUCCAUUAUGGAUUUUGGGUGACGUGUUUAUUGGCCGGUACUAUACAGAGUUCGACUUGGGAAACAAUCGAGUAGGAUUUGCUGAAGCAAAAUAAAUGUUGAUUGCCUUAUCGAUGAAGUUACCGUUUAGAUGUUAGAAGAUCUAAACGACAAAACUUUACGAAUAAUUAAGUAAAAUUUUCUUAGAAUCUUGACUCCUAUGCUUAUUGCCUUGUACUUUUUACUUGUGAUCCAUGCAAUAUGUUGUUAGUAUGUGAAUGUAUAUUUCAGAAUGUGAUAUUUCAGAAAAUUAGAAUGAAGAUAUACAAUAUUGCUUUGGCAAUGUGGUACAUCUCUGUGCAUAGAAUUAUAUUAUCGCAAGAUAUAUAUUAAAUACAAUUGUCUAUUAUAAUAAAAUAUGUAUUCUUUU